GAUUAGUAAAAAUUAUUAAAGUUUAUAUAUAUCAAGAUUUUUUUAUAUAACGCAUCUCAUAUAACAAUACGGCUAGUCAAACUCGAAAUAUUUUAAUCUACUCGUCAUAGUCGUCAAUCAAUACAAACCUUAACAACAGCACCAAUACACUAGAAGUCCAGAACAUCCACUAGUUUAAAGCGAGUGAGUCUGGGCGCAUAGCAUUUAUGGGCGAGUUAUGUAAAUAGGAGGGUAAGGAAGUAAUUUCCGCUGAUUCAAUUUUUGCUUCUAGAAUAAGUUGACUCUCUAGUGGUACAUUAUAAUGCACCAUUAUGCAUGUAUAAUGUACCAUUAAAGUAAAAUUUGUCUGAAUAGUACGUUUUGUGGACUAUUACGAGUGUAGUGGUACUUUUUACCAUCCUAUAACUUUCAAUUUCUUGAAAAAGCUGACUCUCUAAGGGUACAUAUAAUGUACCAUUAUGCAUGAAUAAUGUACCACUAAAAUAUAAGUUAUCUGAAUACUACUUUUUAAUUGCAAAAUUGUCAUCCUAUAUGCUUAGAAAUCAAUAGGCGCUAUGAGCCAAGACUUAACCGUUUAAAGCACUCAUAAGUUCACGUGUUUCACUCAAAGAGCUAACAGGCCUAACACCAAAGACCUCUGAAAUUCUGAGCAAAAAAAAAAAAAAAAAAAAAAGAGAGAGAGAGAAAAACACACACACACACAGCUUACCUUCAGAGCCCUGAUAUUAUCUCUAAAUUGCCAAAUAUUACAUGAUAUAAUCAAUUAAGCAAAGAAUGAUACCUAUUUUUGCAUUAAUUCCAUACAUUCUUCUUUUCAGUUCUAAAAUUUGCUCUGCAAUUGACAGUAUUACACCAACACAAUUCCUAAAAGACUCAGAAUCAAUACUUUCUAAAAAUAGCAUUUUCAAGCUAGGAUUUUUCAGCCCUCAAAACUCUUCCAAUCGUUAUGUUGGAAUAUGAUAUAAUCACCCUUUUGAAAUGGAAGUUGUAUCUUGUAUGGGUAGCUAACAGGAACAAUCCCCUCACUGAUACUUCUAUUGUACUUAAGAUAUCACUCGACGAAAAUCUGCAAGUCUCUGAUGCAAAAAUAUCAGACUGUUUGGUCAUCCAAUGUCACUCAUCCUACAGCUGGUUUCGUAGCAGCUCAACUUCAAGAUUCCGGGAACAUUUUUAUCCAAGGAUUUCCGAACAACACGAGUCGUGGCAAUGGGACGAUCAUAUGGCAGAGUUUUCAGUAUCCUGCAGACUCAGUCUUACCAAAUAUGAAGUUCAUUCUUAACAAUAAUCCUGAAUUCAGGAAAGUCGUGCAGGCCUGGAAAAGUCCUUCAGAUCCAUCAGUUGGAAGGUACUCAGUUGGUACUAACUCUAGGUUUUUUCAGAUUAUCAUAUGGGAUGGGGAUCGCCCUUAUUGGCGAAGUGGACCUUGGAAUGGAAACAUUUUCAUGGGAACAAGAUAUCAUAAUACUGGUUAUGGUAAUAUACUCAUUAACACCGGGUCAUUCGCACAGGAGGAAGUAAGAGGGAUGCUUUCUCUGGUUUUUACAGGUGUGAAUGAGACUUUGUUGCCUCGUUAUGUAAUAAUUGAUCAAGGGAUAUUAGCUGAAAGUGGUGGGAUGAUAGCAAGAAGAACAGGGGAAUUGCGUGGCAUGCCCCGGAAAAUAUAUGUGACACCUAUGGUAUGUGUGGAGAAUUUGGAAACUGCAACCCGCAGACUAAACCUAUGUGCAGCUGCUUAAAAGGGUUUGUGCCGAAGAACGCGGAGGAAUGGAGGAGAGGAAACUGGACAAGUGGGUGUGUGAGAAGAAAGAAGCUGCAAUGUGGGGUUCAAGGGGGAAAACAAGAUGGGUUUUUGAGGUUAAAGAUGAUGAAAGUGCCAGUUAAUGCUGAUAUUGCUGAAUGGUUUGUGGGUCUGAAUCCUGAUCAGUGCAGAACAACCUGCCUGGCAAACUGCUCUUGUUUGGCUUAUACACAUGAUACUGGAACUGGAUGUAUGAGAUGGAGCGAGAACUUGAUUGACAUAGAGGACCUUUCACCUGGAGGGGUGGACCUAUUCAUUCGGCUUGAACAAUCAGAGCUAAGUACUAGUAAGAGAUAUGACUUUAGGAACAGCAGUGAUUGCCACUAUCAUAUACUUCCUGUUCAAAUGGAGAGCUCGGAAAAAGGGUAAACACACAUCGGAUAGAAAUAGAAAAUCUAAAUCAAUACCAGAGAAAAAAGCUGGGAAAGCAACAGAUUCAUAUCUAUUCAAAGACAAAACCCAAGUAAUGAUUGAAGACUUAAAAGUCUCAAAACUUGAAGAUCUGAUAAUAGCAACAGACGGCUUUAGUGAGAGUAACUUGCUCGGGAAGGGUGGUUUUGGCCAAGGUAAGAAUGAGUUCAAUUCAAACAUGAUCUUACGUAGUCUAAAAUGCAACAAAACGUAGCAGGAGAUAAUAUGAUGUUUGUUUACAGGGUAAACUAGAAAAUGGUCAAGAAAUAGCAGUAAAAAGGCUUUCAAGAGCAUCUGGGCAAGGUGUAGAAGAAUUCAUCAACGAAGUUGAAUUCAUCUAAAAACUUCAGCAAUUUCAGAUUUCUAAUAAAGCUGUAAUCAAGCGAAACAGGAACAUCAUUAUAAAACGGAGGGAAUAGUACAUGUUAAAAGAAAAAAUAAAACAAAAACACUCAAAAUUACAUUAAUUAUACUAGUUCGUAUGUGAUAUAUUGCCUUUGGAUUCUAACACCUUAUUGCAGCUAGAUUGAUGGGGCAGUAAGCUGUGUAUCUCCUUUGUGUAUCUCCUCUAUCGUUAAAAUUAUGUACUAAUACAACGGGACAAGCGAAUCGACCCAAGGAUGAAAGGAAAUGAUCCUUUCGGUACCAUCUGGUAAAUUUGUGGCUUCGAUCUCCCUAGCUUGUUUGGAUUGUAGAUCACAGCAGAUGAAAACCUUUUGUAGAGCUCUUGUACGGUCAGCUAUUGCUAAUAUGAUACUGCGUCGUUCAUCUCGGAAACCCAAAUUAUAUAUUUUAGCAUGAUGAAAAUCAACAUGUUUCAAUUGCCCCGAGAGAUGAUGAAAAAUUCGAGUCCAAGAUAUCUUCUUCUUGUUUAAUACCCAUAUCUCCAAAGUAUAUGUUACGAUACACAACUGUCCUUCUAAAAUGGUCAAUUCUGAGUCAUCUUCACAGUUGGUAUAGUUUAUCUCUCUCUUUACCGGAUGGGGUAUCUGGUAAUACCUUUGAGUGAAAAGAUCGAAACACCUUAUUCCUGUAAACAACAAAGGAUUCAUCCAAUGGAAGGAGUUGUCAGCCAAGAUAGCAGGUCGGGGGCUCAUACAAAAUUGAUUCAACUGCCAUGGCGGGCUCGGUAUGUUCACCCAGGCAUCCGUUUUCAAACUGUAUAGUAGAGCUUUUUCGACAUUUCGAUCAUUCCUCUCCAUACAAAUGGCUAAAACCUUAUAAUCAUCGGAUACACUGUCAUAACCGAAUGCAACUUCACGUUUCAAUAAAUUAUUCAUCGGGGAAUUGAGUGGUGGUAUCAAUCUAGUGGCUCGAGUCGCAGGGUUGUAGAGAAACAGGCCUAGAUUAUUGUUGUAAGCAGAUUUGUAAAAGGGUUGUAAUGUUAUUGAAUGAAAACAAACUAGGCCAUUGCAUGAGCCUAAAACACCUCCCAUGGUGCGAGGCUUUAUGAUGUCUUUCGGAUAAGCAAGUUCCGAAGCAUGGUAAUAGGGAUGCUGCGAUGUAGCUCUAAAAGAGUAGACUUUGGAUUUCCAGCACUCGAAGAGGAAAUGCGUUUCCAGGUUUGCUUUGAGGGAUCGACUGCGAUGCAACUUCAUGAACUUUGGAUCUUUGGUAAGCAUAUACCACGAUGAAGAGACACAUGCAGAUCGCAGCAGAGACUUAGCGGGUAGCCAUGAGAGUAUCUCAGUGAUUAGUUCAAACGGAAGGUAGCAACAAUCGGUCUUCGCUUUCUUCUCCAUCCUCAGUAUGCUUUAAUUUAACAACUACACUACGAAUUGUUGGUGCUUAAUUGCUUAUAUAGGGAGAUAAACAAAGAUCAAUCAUACCUUUUACAAUUCCAAUUAGGAUUAGGAUUAGGAUUAGGAUAGUUAUUGCGGUUGUAUUAGGGAUAUUUACUUCUUACAAGAUCCUUGGUCUCCAAGGUUAAUUUAAACAACCUUGAUUCCCAAGGAUGUGUAAUACACUAAUACUUGGUCUUCAAGACAUUAUAUGGUCGCCAAAAAUUAAAAAAUAAUAUUUUUUUUUUUUAUUUUUUUGUUAUGAUAACCAUUAACCAAUGAGAGAAGAUGUAUUUCCUAAACUAAACGUUAGAUAUUUUAAUAGAUAUUUAAAAAGAUUUGAUUGAAAAGAUAAACCAAAUUAUUAUGGGAUACAUGAUGCAUCAUUUAGUAACAAAAGUAUUGACCAAUUUACUUUGAAUAAUCUCAAUUGUAAAAAAUUUGCACAAAAAAAAAAUAAAAAAUAAAAAAAAAAUCCCUUAAAAUAUCCUUUUAAAUUAGGAAAAAUAUACUUUAUUAAUCCCAAGUUUGACCAAUUUACUUUGAAUAAUCUCAACUAUCGAUUAUUUUGCAAUAAUCCCAACUUUCACCUUCGUUUUCUUCUAUCAACUUUGAAAACCAGUUACCUGCUGAAGAUGUUUUUUUUAAUAAAAUAUAAAAAUGUCACGUGUCACGAGAUACAUCCCUUGAAGGCUUGAACAGAUUCCUCAAAAUUGACAUCUUGCCUCAUAGCUGCAGUCUUUUUUUUUAUCGGAAAACGAAGAUUUAUAAAUUAAUUAAAACCAAAUCCACAAGCAUAAAAAAAAAAAAAAAA